GCGACAGCGACUUCGGUAGAAUGGGUACCAAUACCGGGAACGAAAGGCACCGUUCCGAUGAUGAUGGGUUUCUAUACUGGGUUUGGAUGACCGGCGCGAAAGUAGUGACCGUAAUGCUGAUCUUAGGAUGCAUCAAAGCGAUUCUCGGCUGUUACUAUCCGGCAAUUGGGCGAUGGAGAUACGAUUACCUACAACCGACGCAGCCGUACCGUGAAUCUUCAAUCUAUCGAACAUUUCUGAUAAAUAUACUAUUCUUCCUCGUGUAUCCUUGCGUGUUCUGCUGUCGUUCUUUUGAAAGCAGAAACGAGGAUUAUGACGGCCAGGAUGAUCUACAUCUACAGCAACAGGGACUGCUCCAGGGUGCGUCAGUUGUCCAGCAACAUGUGAACCAACAGAUGACUAGCGAAGAGGAUGAGACCCAGGAUGAAGAUGAACUGAGGAACGACGGAAGAAAGGGUGUAUGCCGCAGCAGAUCCUAUAUAUACGCAACGGAUAUUGGUGGUAAUAAUAUGCAAGAAUACUUCGAGGAGCUCGAAUCAACUGAAGCGGGCGAAUUACCGUACAACAAUACCGAAGAUGAAGAUAUCGAUGCAAACUUCGCGCUGAGCACCAUGAACGAGUGCCGAAGGUCACUGAUCGACACGACGGACACUAAUCUUUGGAGAAGUGGGGGAAAACCAGUAGAAGAGGAACAGCAGCAGCAGCAGCAACAGCAGGACACCAAUCUCGCGGACCGUCUUGUGAGGGAGCUGCUGGAGGCAAAAAUUGUCUACCGGCGGAUGGAGUCUGUAUGUGGACGAGUGGCAAUCGGAGAAGGACUACCGUAUUCUAUUCAGGGAUACUUUAUAGCGAUCGACGAGCGGAGCUAUCAAUUUUUCACUCACUAUGUUUUGGGACAAUUUUGGAGUAUCGAAAGAGACGCCGAGGGGAAUCUGAUUACAGUAGGAAUUACCCCAAGACCUUUGUUAGCUAGAAGUUUUCUCAAGAACUAUCUUUCCAAGAAGGAUGUUUUGCAGCAAAAUGACCUAUCGGUGAAAGUUCCCAAUGACGCACCCUGUAUAAAUAUUGAAUAUCAAUUUUAGAGU